AUGGCAAAUUUACAUGAAAAAAUUAUAAAAGAUACAUCGUUAGAAGAUGAAGCUAUUCGAGAAACUAAUGAUGAUGCUGCGAUAAGCAAACUAUCCGCAGUAAAUGUAGGAUAUUUAAAUGAUAAGUUUGUUAAGUAUUUUGUAAGAAGAACAACCAGAAGACCGCCUAUUAUUAAUAGAGGAACGUAUGUUCGUAAUGUUGCAUUAGACACAUUGAUUAAGAAAUUUUUAGAAGGAUCAGGAGGAAAAAAAAAAGAUAAACAUGAUACGAAAAAACAAAUUGUCUCGCUUGGUGCAGGAUCUGAUACAAGAUAUUUUCAUUUCAAGAAAUCACAAAUUAGAUUUCACAAGUAUUUUGAGAUUGAUUAUCCACAAGUUAAUCUAAAGAAAAUUAUGUCAAUUCGUCGACAUGAAGAAUUAUUAGAAUUGCUUGGGAAUGAGAUAGAAAUAGGUAAAGGAGAAACAGAGAUUUAUGGAAUAGAUUAUUGUUUGUUAUCAGGAGAUUUGAGGAAUUUUGAAAGUGAUCUAAUACCGAUUAUGGAAUCUAAAGGGUUUGAUCGAAGUCUUCCUACAUUAUUCUUGUCCGAGUGUGUAAUGAUCUACAUGGAUCCUACCGAUUCUGAUAAACUAGUCGAAUGGAUCGGAAAGAAUAUGAGAUUGGCAAUAUUUAUUGUUUAUGAACAAAUAUUACCAGAUGACGCAUUUGGAUCAGUAAUGUUACAUAAUUUAAGGCUUCGAAAUAUAGAACUUCGGGGGAUUCAUGCAUAUCCCACAUUACAAAGUCAAAAAGACAGGUAUUUGUCUCGUGGAUGGAAUUAUGCAGAAGCUAUUGAUAUUAAUGAAAUUCAUGAUUAUCAUUUGGAUCCAAAUGAACUUUCAAGAAUUUCAAGAUUAGAGUUAAUGGACGAAUUUGAAGAAUGGAAAUUACUUGCUAAACAUUAUUGUAUUGCGUGGGCUUAUAAAGUAACAACAGAUGAUAAAUCACAUAAAUCAUUCUUUGAUAAUAUAAAAUUUGAUGAUUUUCAUAAAAAACCAAAUAAAGGUGUCUAA